UCCCUGAAUCUGCACAGUUGGAUGUUAAAUAGGAGAAUUGAGUGUUGAAAUAUGAGAAGUCGAUAUAAAGGUAUUCGGAGUUCCUUCAAAAGUUCGAAAUCAAGGAAUCUCUGUCCUCGACCAAUUGAGCAACAAAGUAUCGUCAUAGAAGCUAAUCUUGCUGCAUCUGUGGCGUUACUAUACAUUUUAAGUUUUGAAAAGCACGAUGUAAAAUCCAUUCACAAAUAAGUUGUACUGCUGCCAUAUUUGUGACAAAAUAUUUAUGUAGAUGCAUGAUUGCCUCUGCGCUUCUUUUUAAAUUAAUUAAAUUAAUUUUAAACAAAAUUUGGCCAUGUUCGGCUAGAUCUAGACUUAUCUCCAAAGAUAUUAUAUUCGAUUACUUUAAAAAAUUGUUUAAUAGGCAAGUUUAAAUAGCACCUUGAAGAGCUAAUUUAUUCGAGAAAUCCUCUGAAAUUUUGUUUGAAGCAUUUUUCCGCACCACGUAAGCACCUACGCUCCAAAACAAUGCUGAUUUUGUAUCACCCAAUUUAUUCAAAGCAUUUUGAGUGGUAUAAAUCCUAUACAAUACAAUAUUCAAUUAAUAGAAAUGACAGAUAAAAUAUGUAAGCUAAGACAUAUUUAAUAAUAAUAAAUAUAUAAACAAAUAAAAAUAGGUUGAUGAAUAAGUCAUAAUUUUGUUUGUUAGCGAUAUCCAUAAUCCAACCCCCAUAAAAUAUGCUGAUAAGUUAAUAUUAGCGUUUGUAUUGUAAUAAUUUGAUAAUACUAUCGAUUAACAAUAGUUGCAUUUCAAGGGCUGACUUUUAACAUCAAUUAUUUGCACUUGACUGGAUAAAAUGCCGUAGAAUCGUCUUAACCCGUUAUACAUAUACUCUCACUUGACGUCACAGCCGACCACCACGUACUAUGAACAUAUAAACAUUUCAAGACGCUCAUCCCUAACUUCAACUACUACUUUUCCAGAUGGCGUCGUAGUAGCGAAGAUUAAAGAUAAACGUAGCAUUUGAAUAACAUAACCUAAUCUAAUAAUCAGUUUUGUUUAUACCGCCACAAAUAUACCGCUUUUCAUGAAAACAAAGAUCUAAAGUGUCGGUAUUAGUAUUUGUUAUCGUGUACUAAGGGACAUACGUUGUGAAAAAUGAGUGGACCACACCAGGAUCAAAACAGCAAAGCUGAAGUCCCCAAAAAUGAACCAAUUGUGGAAUAUGUAAUAGAGGACUCAUCGGAUGAAGAUGAAUCUUCAAAUCUCAAAGUUGGUCUUUUACCAGCAGCAUUAGAAGCGAUUAAACCAAAAUCAGCUAGAAACAAACUAGAAAACAAACCUACAAUUUGCAGCUUACUGAUAGGGGACCUUUCUCUCAAUUUAAAACCACAAAUGUAUAAAGGGAAAAUGUUUGGAUAUACUGAAGGAAUUGGCUCAUUACACCAAACAAAGAAGCUAGCAAGCAAAGCUGUGAUUUUUAUGGUAGUAUCACAUAAUGAGAACUGGAAAAUUCCCAUAGGAAUAUAUUUUAUACAUAAUCCAAAUAUUAAACACUUUGCGGAUACAAUAGAAGAAGCUUUGACAGCAUUGGAUGCCAUUGGAGUUGAAAUAAUUUCGAUCACAUUAAACUGCAUCAGUCCUCACUUGAACUUUGCUUUAGCAGAACAAUUAGGUGCUGAGAUUGAUCCUUCGAAGCCAAUAAAAUAUUUGAAACCAUAUUUUAUUCAAACUGGUACCGUCAAUCUGAUUUACAUCUUAUACGAUUUGGAUUCCAUUUUAUUGUUUUUAAAAAGGUUCUGGGCAGUAGAAAGAGUGCUAAGUUAUAACGGUCAAGUUUUGGGCUUCUCAUUCUGUUCACGUGUAAAAACAAUCGAAGAGACAGACUUUUGUGUCAAAAAGAAUCAGACUGACUGGAGAAUUAUCAAAAAAAGGGUAACUGAACGGUUAGAAUAUGAUAUUGAGACUAUAGGAAAAACAUUAGCAGAUGCAAUGGAAUACUUAAAGGAUGAAAAUCAUCCCGAAUUUACCGAAUGUGGUCCAGUAAUAAAAUUCAUUAGAGUACUAGACGUUAUCGCUCAAAUUGCUAGAGUUAAUGGUUCAGCUGAUGGAAUUAUUCCCAACAUUUCCAGGUCAAACGAGGAGGUUUGGAAACCUCUCAUUUUAAACUUAAUUCGUUAUGUGAAGGGUCUAAAGCAUCACACUGAAGAUACGCCAAAACAUUUAUCGUUGUUCAAAAUAUACACAACAGGCCUUAUAGUUUAUUUCACUUCCCUACUGAAGUUAUAUGAAAAGUAUGUCAACUAUUAUGACCAACGGUUGCCUUUUCUAUGGCCAUCAAAAUUUGCUUUAAAACAUAUUGCGCUGGAUAUUUUUACAAAUAAGCCAGACUCUGCUUUGUCCGUAUUCAAGAUAGUGGAAGCCAAAUCCAAAAAGCUAAUUUUUUCAGAUUUUUGAUAAUAUAUUUUUGCUAUAUAUACAGGCUGUUCCAUCAAUAUGAAAUCGUAUGAUUGCGUGUAAACUGCUGGGCGGACAGAAAAUAAAAACACCCUUUUUGAUUUUGUUGUCUCAUAAGCUAACAUUAUCUUCAAAUAUACAUGGAAGUUCAUGCCUUCAUUUGUAAAUUUUGCAUUAAAUAUGCAUUCGCUUUCUUUAUUCGAGAUAGCAAUUUUUUUAUUAUUCAGUUUUUAGAGGAACAAAUGUUUGUUGAAUUUGAAUUAUUUUGCUGAAAAUGAAAUUAUCAAAUUUAAAAUAUUUCAAAUGACUAAAGUUUUUUUUACUUCAAUUUAUUUGACAUUUUAUACUGUGUCUUUAGAUAUAUUUGUCUUAUUCCCAUUUAAUCAAUCAAAAUAUUCGAACUUUGUUUUUAACGAAAAUUUAAAGUAAUCUAAGAGCCGCAGAAAAAAUUUCAAGUUACGAAUUGAAUUAUUUUUUGUAAAACCAUUGAAUGCCUGUCAACGAUUUGAGCAACCAGAAUACAGAAAUGAAGAGAAAAUUUGGGUGUGGUGUGAAUAUUUGAGUGUAGUGGUUUUAUCAGACUAAUACCCAUCAUCCAUUUAGACGCCAUCAAACUAUUUCAUACUAAUAAGUAUCGUACAAUUAUGCAUUUAGUACUAAUGUUACCUGAAAAAUUAUUCUGUUGACAAACAAUUACUCGUUGAUUAAACUUAAUAAAUUGAAGAAAGGUAA